AUGCCUAAAGAAGGAUGGCUAGCAAAACAAGGAGGUGGAUGGAAAAACUGGAAACAUCGUUGGUUUGUGUUAGAUGGAACCACAUUAACAUAUUAUAAAGAUCAAUUAAGAAUGAAAAAGAUGGGAGAAAUUGAUUUAAUGUUAGCAUUUGCUAUCGUUCCAAAUGAAGAAUUAAAGUUAAAAAAUUUUCCAUAUAUAUUUUCAAUAAGUACACCUUCCAGAGUAUAUAAUAUUUCAGCGUCAUCAUCAAAAGAAAGAGAUGAAUGGAUUGAAUCAUUAUUAAAUUCAAAAAAUAAAAAAGAAACAUUAAUAGAAGAAGAAGAAGAAAAACCAAUUAGUAUAGAAGAUUUUGAUAUAAUUACAUUAUUAGGAAAAGGAGCAUUUGGAAAAGUAUUAUUAGUAAGAUAUAAAAGAACAGGAGAAAAAUUCGCAUUAAAGAUGGUUGAAAAAAAGAAAGUUAUUGAAAUGGAAGAAUUAGAACAUACAAUGACAGAAAAAAAUAUCUUACAAAAAGUAAAACACCCAUUUUUAGUGAAUUUAUAUUAUUCAUUUCAAUCAAGUACUCAUUUACAUUAUGUUAUUGAUUAUUGUCCUGGAGGAGAAUUAUAUUAUCGUUUAAUUCAAGAAAAAUCAUUUUGUGAAAGUAGAACACAAUUUUAUAUUAGUCAAGUCAUUUUAGCAUUAGAAUGUCUUCAUCAAAUGAAUAUAAUUUAUAGAGAUGUUAAAUUAGAAAAUGUAUUAAUUUGUGAAGAUGGAUAUCUUAGACUUACAGACUUUGGUUUAUCUAAAGAAAAUGUUGCUGGAAAUGAAACAACAGCUACGUUUUGUGGUACUCCUGAAUAUCUCUCUCCUGAAGUUGUUUUAGCAGAACCUUAUACUAAUGUAAUUGACUGGUGGGGAGUAGGAAUUAUGACAUAUGAAAUGAUGCAUGGACAGGCACCAUUCAUUAGCGAUAACAUUCAACAACUUUAUCAAAAAAUUUUAUAUUCUCCAGUAAUUUUUCCAACAACAUCUCCAGUUUCUGCUGUAUGUAAAGAUUUUAUAACUAAAAUGUUAGAAAAAAAAAUUUGUGAUCGUUUAAGCACACCAGAGAAGAUUAAAACACAUCCAUGGUGGAACAGUUUCGACUGGGAUGCUCUUUAUCAAAAGAAAAUUCCUGCCCCAUUUAAACCAGAUAUGUCACAAGAUGGAAAAACAAACUUUGGAGAAGAAUUUAUUAAUGAAAAAUUCGACCUUAAUGAAGAAAUAAACAAUUCUAAUUCUAAUGGCAUAAGACAAGACAUUUUUGGAGAAUUCACAUUCACUAGAGAUAAACCAAAAUAA